AUGUUGGAAGCGUCAAUUUUGUUGGCAAUACGAGAUAACGAUAUUCGUUAUGACUUCCAUCGUGAUUCGUCGCGUUUCGCGUUUGUUGAUCAACUGCAGAAAGGCGAUCGUGUUCUGGUUGAGGUGGGUUCAUUACGAGUCGUCGAUGAUUUAUCGUUGCUAUUGACAAGAAAGGUGAUGCAAUUCAAGAUAAUGGAGACGUCACCAGAUGACUGGCCUGGAGUUGGGUAUAAUCGGAGAAGGAUGUAUGUUCCAGGAUGGAUUGAAUGGAUCGGUGAGGCAUAUCCACAUGAAGGAACCAAAUUCGGUGUUCGUUUGCAGUGUCUUUAUUUGAGUAUGCCAAACUGUUGUGGAUUAUGUAACGGUGAUCGAAUUGUAUGGUUCGACAGAGAUGCUAUUCCAAGACACGGUACCGUUAAAUGGACGGGUCGUUUGAAAGGGCAUAGUAACAUUUAUGUUGGAGUGGAUUUUGAUGAAGAAAUUGGUGGAGGUACAGGUCGUUAUCAAGGCCUAGAACUGUUCCGUACUGCACUCAAUCACGCAGGUCUUCUACCGUUGUCAGCGUGUAUGAAGGAGAGUGAUAUGCCAGCUGAUAAUGCUAUCAACUCUCCCCCUCCAUUAUCACCGUUUGGCUGUUCGGAUAACAAGUCAUCGGAUCAUCAAACCGAUAUUCGUAACCGGAGUGAUGAUUAUGAUUCCAUUCGUAUCUCCAAUGAUGCACCUUUAAAAUAUUUUGGUGUUGAUUAUGAUAAUACACCGAUCAAUAUUAAUAAUAAUAAUAUUAAUGAUGUCAGUCAACCGCAGUUUACUGUUGGUAAGAUUGUGCGCUUAUUACAAUUGUUUUUUUUCUUUUUUAUGAAUUCGUGUUGGGUAUUUGCAGGAUCGUGUGUAGACGUAGAUUAUCGGAACGAACGACGUUUCGGCGUUGUGAAAUGGAUUGGAUAUCUGAGUGAUGUCGAUGAACGAAAUAACGUUAAAUCAGUUGCUGUUGAAAUUGAAGGUUCAAUACCGAAUGGAUGGCCAUUGGACAUUGAUUUGGAAAGCUCAUUCAACAGUUUAACGAAGAUGUACGAUCAUUCGAGUGGUCCUGUCACAAUCGUUCCAAUCUCUUCGCUUCAGCCAGACAAUCGCUUUGCAACACCGAUUGUCAGUGAUAAUAUCAACGACGAUAACUGCGAUCCGCACUUGAAUGGUUCGAAAUUCGGUACGUUAGACGGUGGAGUUGAGUUGAACCCGUGUCAACCAACACGAAAUAUUGAAAGUUUAAUCGGUCGUAUGAAAGGCAUUCAAGGAUAUCGCAAUAGUUGUUAUUUAGAUGCUACACUCUACGCAAUGUUUGCUCAGAGUUCUGCGUUUGAUAGUAUUCUGGAAUCGAGAGACACCAUAACGGAUCAUUCACGACGGGAAUUGGUGCGCAUUCUUGCAACUGAAAUCGUUUAUCCUCUAAGGAAGUUUCAUUUUGUUCGUGCAGAUCACAUUUAUAAAUUGCGGCAGCUGUUAGAAAAACUUUUACCAGAAAUGUCCGGAUUAACAUCGGAUGAGAAAGAUCCCGAAGAAGUGCUUAUCGCUCUAUUCGAUAAAGUUCUUCAAGUUAAACCGUUUCUACAACUCAGGAAUAUCAACGACGGUAGCACAGAUCCAGCGUAUAUAUGCCCGUUGAUAACAGAAGAUUUGUGGAGUGGUGAGCAACGUCUUCUCAUAACCGUUCAGUCCAUCGUUGAAAGAUCUCUGUUCGCGUCGAACAUUCAGUUUGCUAAGGAUCCAAAAGUGUUGAUUCUACAAUUGCCACGUUAUGGACGACAAAAAGUAUUCGAUAAGAUAAUUCCGCAGCAAGAGCUUGAUAUCACACAUCUCGUAUUUGAUUCGCACCUUGGAUACGAUCAUCAACCUCAGCCAAUCAAAAGAUCGAGCAGUUACAAUAGCAAUGCGAAUCGCUCGUCUCAAAACCCGAACGCAGAUCAACGUCAUGCCACAUUAACAUCGUCAAUAACCUCCACCCUCACUUCGUCACUAACAACUCGACGUUCAUCAAUUAUACCAUCACGUAAAUUACAACUUUCUGCAGUUUUAUGUAUCGAAAUGUCACAUUAUGUCACUUUUAUUCGAACAAACACAUUGAACAAAUGGUUGAUGUUUGAUUCAAUGGCCGAUCGAGUUGGUCUUUCCGAUGGUUACAACGUCCCUGAAGUUUACGUUGUGCUUAAGGUGAAACAAUGUAAUAAAAUGUCGCAGUGGUUGAGUGAAUCAGGUAUUGCAAAGAUACGUUCGAGUCUUGAGAAGGAUAGUCGUUUGCCAACAGAAGUGGAAUCGGACAUGCAAAUGAAUAGAUUCAUCUCUGAUUGCUACGUUUGCAUUUACACUUACGAUGAACAGCAACAACAGUCCGAUAAGAAAAUUGAUCCGAUGGCAUUGGCUGCACGUCUGUUCGCAAAGAAUCAGUUUGAUGCAUAA